UACACGUGUUAAUACCACUCAAUAAGGAUGAUCACAGGCACGUGAGAAACAAAAAUAAAUUUUAGCAAUAUCUCAUCUCAUUGAAAUAUUAUGAUUUUAUAUAGUUAAUGAUUAAAUAUUCAAAUUAAUUAAAUAUAUUAUAGAAUUAACCAUGGCAAAAGGUGGUCAUUCACAUAGAUCGACCUUGAAAAACGACCAUAAGCCAUUUAAAUCAAAACAUGCUACCAAAGGUCAAUUAAAAAAUUUAUAUAAAGGUAAAGUUGAAAAAUCCAAUGGAUCAUCUACUAAUGCUACUAAAUCAUUAAAUAAGUUAGAAAGAAAGAAUUUGGCAAAACAAUUAAAGGAAAAUAAGAUCUUAGAAUCCAAAUUAGCUAGAAAAUUAUUUGAAGGAUCUCUGGGAAUAGAAAAAGUCGUAACUAUUAUUGCCUUAACCAAUGAUAUAUCACCAGUUGAUAUUGCCAAUAAAUUAUUUAAUUCAAUAAAUGAAGUAGAGGGUAUUGAAGAUAAAAAGAAUAUUAUUGAUUUCCAAUAUCCAUCUGUUAAUAAUGUUAAUGUGGGAAGAUUCAAAUCAAACAUUAAAGUCAUUAUUCCUGAUCAAGAUAAUUAUCUUAAAGUAUUAGAUGCUGCAAAAGUAUCUGAUUUUAUAGUAUUUGGAAUUUCUGCAGCUAAAGAAGUUGAAAAAGAAUAUGGUGAACAAUUAUUAAGAAGUUUAAUUGCACAAGGUAUCUCAUCUGUUAUUGGUGUUUUACCUAAUGUCGUAAGUUCUUAUCCAAAGAGAAACUUACAAUUGGACAUUAGACAAUCUUUACAAUCAUUCUUUACUCAUUUCUUCCCCAAUGAUGAAAAAUUAUUUGCAUUAGAAGCAGAAUCAGAAAACUUGAAUUGUUUAAGAACUAUAUGCCAAAAGUUUCCUAAAUCUAUAACAUGGAGAGAUUCAAGAGGUUGGUUAAUCGCAGAUCAUGCAACUUGGGUAGAAUCUGAAUCUGAACCAGGAAAUGGUGAAUUAAUUGUAGAAGGUACUGCAAGAGGAACUGGUUUUAAUGCUAACAGAUUAGUUCAUAUUCCAGGUUAUGGUGAUUUCCAAAUUAAUAAAAUUGAACAAUUACCAAAAUCAAGUCGUCGUGGCGUUGAUAUUGAUAUCGAUAUAAAAAGUUAUGUUCCUGAUGAAUCUCAAGAAUCAUUAGAAGAAUUGAAUCCUGAAGAAAUUGAAAUGGAGGAAGAUAACGAAGAUAUUUAUAAUGAUUAUGAUAAUGAUGACGAUUUCGGUAUUAGAAUGGAUGGAAAAACUUAUUUUGAUGAUGAAGGUUCAAAAAAACCAUUAAAAACCAAAAGAUUACCAAGAGGUACUUCUGAAUAUCAAGGAAGAUGGUUUGUUGAUGAUGUACUCGAAAAUGCUUCUGAUUUAGAAAGUGAAGAAGAAGAAGAAGAUAUUCAAAUUGAAGAUGAAGAUAACAAUGGUGUUAGAUUUGCAGAAACUAAUACUGAAUAUGCUCCUACUGAAUUUGGUGAAGAUUCAGAAAUGCAUGUUGAUUUACCACCUGAAGAAGAAGAGAAACAAUUACGUAAGUUCCGUGAAUUGGCUAAGGCUGACUUAGAAUUCCCUGAUGAAAUUGAAAUUCACCCUCAUGAAUCCGCCAAGGAAAGAUUAAGUUCUUUCAGAGGUAUUAAAUCCUUAGCAAAUUGUGAUUGGGAUUAUGAUGAAGAACAUAUAGAACGUCCAUCUAUUUGGAACAGAUUAUUAAGAAUUUCCAAUUAUAAAGCUACCAGAAAUAGAAUCAAUAAAGAACAUAUUAAAAAUACCCAAAUCACCCUUGGGAACAAAAUCAGAAUACAUAUUAAAUGUCCUAAUUUAAUAUUAGAAAAAUUUAAUCCUCAAAGAGAACCUUUCCCAAUUUAUGAAUUAUUACAACAUGAACAUCAAUUAUCUGUAUGUAACUUUUCAUUUGAAAAUUGGGAAGAUUAUGAAGAACCAAUUCAAUCAAGAGAUACAAUGAUUGUUCAAUAUGGUCCAAGACGUCAAGUCAUUAGACCAACAUUUAAUCAAAAUAGUAAUAAUCCAAAUAAUGUUCACAAGUUUGAAAAUUUUACCCAUCCAGGUUUAUCAACAAUUGCUACUGCCAUUGCACCAGUUUUAUUCAACAAUGCUCCAGUAAUUUAUUUUAAACCUAGUGAAACUGAAGGUGCCUUAGAAUUUAUUGGUCAAGGAACAUUCUUGAACUGUGAUCAUACUAGAGUUAUGGCUCAAAGAAGUGUAUUAACUGGUCAUCCAGUUAAGAUUCAUAAAAGAGUUGUUACUGUUCGUUACAUGUUCUUUAAUGCGGAAGAUAUUAAUUGGUUCAAAGCUGUUCCUUUAUUUACUAAAUCUGGUAGAACUGGGUUCAUUAAAGAAAGUCUUGGUACACAUGGUUAUUUCAAGGCUAAUUUCGAUGGUAAAUUGACAUCUCAAGAUACUGUUGCCAUGAGUCUUUACAAGAGAGUCUGGCCAGAAAUUUCAAACUCAUGGACUGAUUAAGUAAAAUUUUCGAAGAAAAGCCACCACCACAAUUAUUGCAUUAUAAUACAACACAUAGCAUCUAUAGCAUUAAAUAUACUUUUUUAGAUAGCGAUAAUCAUAUUCGAUUAUAAAAUUUGGG